GAUUUUUUUUUUGAGCUGUGUGUUGCAGCAACUUAAAAAUUUAAGAACCUGUUCUAGCAGAGCUUACAGCCUCUUGGACUGUGUCCCGGUCUCUGUGUGUGUGUGUGUCGGUGUGACGGAGUGUGGGUGUCUGUGUGUUUGAGUGUUUGCAUGUGCCUAUGCAAAUUCAUCAACAACAACAACAACAACGACGAAGACGCCGCACUGCAGCACCACCUGGCAGCUGAUUUUUCGGCAAAACAACAACAACAACAACAAUAAGGCGCUCAUCCCUCAUCAUCAAGAAGCAGCAGAAGAAGAAACAGGAAGAAGAAGAAGUGCAGGAGCAGCUAACGGAUUUCACUUGAUAUGCAUCGGCGGCUGCGUUGUGUCAUUGGGAACAGGAAUAAGAACAAGAAGAAAUUAAAAGAAUACGCCACGUAUUGAAUUUGAAUAUAUCACACACUACUGCCCGGAAUUGAAGCAUCCGCUGCAAAACGCAACACGUGAGAUACGUGAAAGAAGAGAAGAGAUAAGCUCUCUAUAUACAUAUAUAUACAUAUAUAUACAGAUAUUUUUUGUGACGAUCGUAAUUAAGUAGUGUGCCAACAAGAUGUAUAAGCUAUUGGGUAGCCUGAAGAGCUACCUUAAGUGGCAGGACAUUCAAACGGAUAAUGCCGUCUUUCGUUUGCAUAAUUCAUUCACCACGGUCCUUUUGCUGACAUGCAGUCUAAUCAUAACUGCCACACAGUAUGUGGGCCAACCGAUUAGUUGCAUUGUCAGCGGUGUGCCACCGCAUGUGGUGAAUACCUUUUGCUGGAUUCAUAGUACAUUUACCAUGCCGGAUGCAUUCCGUCGACAGGUUGGACGCGAAGUGGCUCAUCCCGGUGUGGCCAAUGAUUUUGAUGACGAAGAUGCCAAGAAAUAUUAUACCUACUAUCAAUGGGUUUGCUUUGUGCUCUUCUUUCAGGCCAUGGCCUGUUAUACACCGAAAUUUUUAUGGAACAAAUUUGAGGGAGGACUUAUGCGUAUGAUUGUUAUGGGACUGAAUAUAACAAUUUGCACACGCGAAGAAAAGGAAGCGAAACGCGAUGCCCUACUUGAUUAUUUGAUCAAGCAUGUUAAGCGUCAUAAACUAUAUGCCAUACGCUAUUGGGCAUGCGAGGUGUUAUGCUUUGUGAACAUUAUCGUACAAAUGUAUUUGAUGAAUCGUUUCUUUGAUGGCGAAUUCUUGUCGUAUGGUACGAAUAUCAUGAAAUUAUCGGAUGUGCCGCAAGAGCAGCGUGUCGAUCCCAUGGUAUAUGUCUUUCCACGUGUCACCAAAUGCAUAUUCCAUAAAUAUGGUGCAUCUGGUUCGCUCCAGAAGCACGAUUCCCUGUGCAUUCUCCCCUUGAACAUUGUCAACGAGAAGACCUAUGUGUUUAUAUGGUUCUGGUAUUGGAUAUUGCUUGUUUUACUCAUCGGCUUGAUGGUAUUCCGUGCCUGCAUCAUUUUCAUGCCCAAGUUCAGACCUCGCCUAUUGAAUGCCCGCAAUCGCAUGAUUUCGAUUGAUAUUUGUCGCACUCUGUCACGACGAUUAGAUAUUGGCGAUUGGUGGCUUAUCUAUAUGCUUGGACGUAACUUGGAUCCGGCCAUUUACAAAGAUGUGAUGGGUGAAUUUGUCAAACAGCUGGAGCCCUCCAAAUUUGAUCGGACCAAGUAGAAAGUAAAAAACAUAAAAAAGACAACAAACAAAAAAAAAAAACAAGCUGUAUUUCCAUCUAAACGAAUGGCAGCAGCUACCCUUCCGAUGUCUCCCCCCAAUUCUUCAUAUAUUAUUUAGCGAAAAUCAUGACAAUUCUCUACAUCUCCCCUCAGCCCUUUUGCUACCGCCCCGCCCACUCCUUAACCCACAACAAUUUCCAUCACUUGAAAUUUUAAUAUUUCAUUUUUAAUUUUUAAUCAAUGAUCACAACUCGAAUCGCUUGGCAGAAUAUAAUAUAUAUAUAUAUACAAUUAUUUUUUUUUUCACUACAAAAUGAAAAAAAUCAUAUGGUUUUUUUUUAAUUUUUUCUUAAUUUUAUAAAAUGUAAUUUAAUUUCGUAGUUUAUAUUUUAUCAUAUAUAAACAAACAAACAAAAAAAAAA